AUGAACAAGUGUAUGUGUGUCUAUAAACAUAUGUAUGAUGCAUCAGCGUUGCUGUCAUUAUCCAGGUUUGAUGAAUUCAAUUCAUUUAUAACACUUCUUAAACAUUUUCAUCAGCGUCUGCUUGGUCCGUUAUGUUCAUUUGGACACUUUCGGACUCACUUUUAUAUCCAACCUUACGUAAACAUAGCAAUAGUGGAGAAAAAUUGUUUGAAUUUUUUCAGAAAUACUCAUUCUAGAAUUUCACCUUUAUGUGUAAAAACUCAUAAUUUCAAAUAUAAUUUGCCCCUGGAUAUGCCUGACUCCUACCUCCCGUACAAUGUAAAAAAGUAUUUUGCCUUACGGAAAAAUGAUCAGAAAUUUAAUAACCCAUUUCACUUAGAUAAUUCUAAUGUAGUAGAAUUUGGCCAAAAAGAAAUUGGUUCAAAACUAAAGAGCCUUUUUAGGAACAGGAGUGGGGGAAUCUUCGAACAUUUACUUAGACUUGGUAGUAUUGACGUGUUUGAACUACAGCAAUUAAAACAAAUAUACAAAAAGCAUUUUUAUUUGGGUCACAUUUUGUCAUCACUUACUCCAUCUUUACCCAUCGAAAACAAUGAUAGGUACAAAGCUCUUCUACACUUUUACGAAAUUUUUAUUUGGAAAGCCAACAAAACAUUUAACUCCAUAUCUUUAGCCUUUUCUUCACAUCUUCGUUGCCCAACUACUCACUCCAUUUACUCCCCGACCAAUAAUUUGGAACUUUCUAAGGCAAACGUUGAUCACUAA